AAAUGAUUCAUCAGGGUGAUCCGAGUCCAACUUCAAACGCUGAAGCUAAAGGACUCACGUCACGAGACUUUCAUCGCUGAAGGAAACCUCUGGCUGUGAGAAUGAGCGUCGCGAGUUUCAGAGACUGCAAGGCAUGGAAAUCUGAAGGUCUGCCGUUGUCCACCAGCAGUAAUGAGGCCUGUAAACUAUAUGAUGCUAUACUCUCUCAGUAUGUGACCUGGCGUAACAAUGAGACACUGGGAGGAAUAGAAGGCUGUAUUACAUCCGUCAAAGCUGCAGACCCGGACUUUGUGAUGGGUCAUGUGAUCUCUACUGGGCUGGAGCUGGUGGGAACAGGAAGUUCAGUCCUGCGAGAUGAGAGAUUGGCCAGCGCAGUGAGGAGGACCGUGGAGUUGGCGAACUCUCAGGAGCUCACGUCCAGAGAGAGGAGCCAUGUGAAAGCCGUGGAGCUCUUCUCUAAAGGAGCCCUGCACAAGGCCUGUGAGGUUUGGGAGGGGAUUCUGGUGGAUCACCCCACAGACAUGCUGGCACUCAAGUUUGCCCAUGACGGAUUCUUCUACCUUGGUGAACAGACCAACAUGAGAGACUCUGUGGCCAGGGUUCUGCCGCACUGGAAACCACAUAUGCCGUUUUACAGUUAUCUUAAAGGAAUGUAUUCCUUUGGGCUUCUUGAGACUCGUUUGUAUGAUGAAGCUGAAAAAAUGGCAAAAGAGGCCCUGGCUCUGACCCCUGAGGAUGGUUGGAGUGUCCACGCUGUGGCUCAUGUCCAUGAGAUGAAGGCAGAGAUGGACAAGGGACUGAAGUUCAUGGCCUCUACAGAAAAAGACUGGAUGGUGUGUGACAUGUUGGCAUGUCAUAAUUACUGGCACUGGGCUCUAUAUCACAUCGAAAAGGGGAAUUAUGAAGACGCUUUGAAGAUUUUUGAUGAGCAGGUUUCUCAGCGCUGUGUGAAGUCUGGAGCCAUGCUGGACAUUGUAGACUCUUGUUCACUGCUCUACAGACUAGAGCUGGAGGGUGUGAGCGUGAAGGACCGCUACCGAGAGCUGCUGCAGGUGACCCAGCCACAUACCGAGGACCACACGUUACUUUUCAAUGACCUUCACUUCCUCAUGGUUUCCCUGGGUAGCAAGGAGACCACCACCACUCAGCGCCUGCUGGAGAGUCUCCAGGAACUAGCUAAAGACCCGGCAGAGAACCAUCAGCUCCAGAUAACCGAGCGUGUGGGGCUGCCCAUGUGUCAGGCUCUGCUGGAGUAUGAGCAGGGAAACUACAGUCAGGCCGUGGAGCUGCUCAAACCCAUCAAAGACCGCUUUGUAGAGAUAGGGGGCAGUGACGCUCAGAGAGAUGUUUUCAGUCAGAUCCUUAUUCAUGCUGCCAUGAAGUCAGGAGACAAAGAACACCAACGGUUUGCCAGAUCCAUGCUGAUCGAGAGAGACGCAGUGCGGCCAAACUCCCCGCUCACAGACCGGCUGAUCCAGAGAGCCCACUCCUUACAUGUUUAAAUUCAGACCCCAUUCCCUACACAGCCUGUUCUCUGUCAGUUUAAUUACAGGCCACUUUCCUAGCACAUUUGACUAUAGACAUCAGAUCAGA